AUGGGGAAUGGGAAAUCCAUAGCUGGUGAUCAGACAGGAAUUCUUGCACAAGACCCCUAUGUGUGGUACAGAGCAUUUAUGAUGGAGUAUCCAUCUGGCCUGCAAACGCUGCAUGAAUUUAAGGCACUUUUGGGUCUGCAAGGUCUGAAUCAAAAGGCCAAUGAACAUGUUGAUCAAGUUUAUAACACCUUUGACACCAACAAGGAUGGAUUUAUCGACUUUAUAGAGUUCAUUGCUGCCGUAAAUCUAGUGGUACAAGGAAAAAUUGAGCAAAAAUUAAAAUGGUAUUUUAAACUGUGUGAUUCUGAUGGAAAUGGUUCUAUUGACAAAAAGGAGCUACUGAACAUCUUUGUGGCUGUACAAGCCCUCAAUGGCCAACAUACUAUGAAUCCUGAGGAAUUCGUCAACUUGGUGCUUCAUAAGGCAGAUAUAAACAAUGAUGGGGAAUUGACUUUGGAAGAAUUUAUCAAUGGCAUGGAAAAAGAUCGGGAUCUCCUGGAGAUUGUUUCCAAGAGUUUUGACCUUUCCAAUGUGCUGAAAAUAAUCUGCAAUGGGAAGCAACCAGAUCUGGAGAGAGACUCCUCCAAACACCCCGACAGGGCUGGUCUAGGGAAGGUGAAAAUGAAGUCACUGUGAGAACCCCUUGCCAGAGUUCAGUGAGCACAAAACUUCAAGUAGAGAAGAAAUGAAAUCUUUGUGCAUACUGUUGGUUUCAGUCUUUAUUAUAAUUCAUAUAGGCUUAUGAAUAUAGUAUUACUUUAAUCCAGUAGAAACUUCCAUGAAGAUCCUAACCAGUUGCAUUGUUGAUAUUCUGUUUGUACCUCAGCACCCUCUCUGCAGAUUCCAAGAUGAUGAUUAAACUGAAGAAUUGUCUCCACACCUUUCAGUUCAGAAUAGAGCUUGCAUGUAUGCCCUUGCACACUUAAAAUUAAUCUGUAUCUUGAAAUAGAUCUGCAUUGUCUGGGAAGUACCCCCACAUUUUAGCAUCCUAAGAUUAAACAUGCAUUUGGCAAA